AUUCAUUAUAUUGAUCUCAUUGGAUGUCAGAAGACAAUCCCGGCACUUCUGAUAAAGGGGAAGCAGCUUGGUAUGCUCGAAGAAAAGAAUGGACUCAACAUCAAGUACCUUUGCAAAGCAAAUCAACACAACCACUUUUUACGUUGACCGAUGAUCGAAAAUCAUAUAUUUACAGAUCUCUCAUCAAAGAAGGCCGAUCUUUCACACACUCUAUUCCUCUUAGUAUUGUUACUGACGUUGUAGUUCAUGGUUGGAAACAAGAUGGAACUUGGCCACAAGACGAAUAUAAUCCAAAAGUAGAAUAGGAUAUUCAUACCCCCCUCAUAUUACACCACCCAUUGCUCAUUGCAAUCUACUCAAUGUGAAUAC